ACCUCAUCAAGCUUGCCAGGAAUUUUACAAGGCAAAAGCAGCUGGGUUCCAUUCCAUGCCAUCUUGUGCUCUACUUGUCAGGUCACCAGCCGGCUUAUCUACUUCGAUCCAACCCAGAGCCGAGACUUGGAGAGUGCUCUCCGUCGCCGUUGCAACCAUGGCGGCUCAGUGCUCACGCUUCAUGCCCCGCCCUGUUCGUCGUCACCACGCAUUCGACGUUCGCUGCAGUUAGGUUGCUCAUGCAGAUGUCCCCAUGCCAUCCUGACGACUUUACUUUCUCCUAUAUAAGAGGAGUGUGUUUAACAGUACAUCGAUUACCGUGAGUUGAUCUGCACUAAGCGUACUGAACCUGCGGCGUCACGGUCAACAGCAAGCAUGAAGAGCUCCGGCGUCGUGCUAGUGCUCCUGCUGGCCAUCGCCACGGCGAGCUGCAGGCACUCGCUCGCCGCCGCCGCCGCCGCCGCAGACGCUCACGAGAGCGGCGCCAGCAUUCCGGCGAUCCUGGGCCGCGAGCUGCGGGGGUUCAUCGCCAGGGCCGGCAACAUCUUCCGGUCGGCGGGGGGUGGCGCCUGGCGCGCCGCGAACGCCACCGCGUCCGCGUCCGCCGCCGAGGCGAAGAACCUGCGCGCCGUGGCGGCGGCCCGGCGGAGGCGCCCCGCCGCCCGGAAGUCCGCGGCCGGCUGCGUGAGCGCCGCGGCGUGCCGGAAGAGGCGCGUGAUCUGCGCCAAGCGGUGCUACCGCGCCUCGCGCGCCGCCGCCGGCCUCACCCACGUCCCCUCCCGGUGCGUCGUCAAGUGCAGGAAGUGCGUGCCCACCUGCUAGCAAGCUCUGCUAGGUCGCCGCCGGCCGCCGAUCCGAUGUGAUCCGCAAAACAUGUUCUUAAUUUUGUCUACUAUUAUUCCCCGCCGUACGCCGUAGGUUAUUAGCCAUAGCUAGCAUCUUGCUGCUGCUUCUUGUCGAUCGUCGUAGGCUCAGUACGCGGAAUAAAGAUGCGAAACCUGUUCCAUGAUGCAGUAGGUGUGUAGUAGCGCCAGUGAAUAGUGUGGUUUCUACACUGUACCCCCCGUCAGCAACGUUUUGGAGUUUGGAUUCAAUUUUCUCC